GGACUGGAAUGCGCCUGCCACAGCGUGGGCAAGUUCACGACAAACGGAAUGGCGCCCAAGGCGCCGUGAAAACCAGGGCACGGGAUCGUCCAGACCGCGUCCCAACGCUACUGCGGCUGCACCGGCGGCGGGCGAAGAACAUCUGACUGCCACGGCGGAACUUGAGCUGCCGUUCCCACCCAGCACUACCCAAAAUGCUGACCCUGCAGCGGAAACAACCGAAGCACAGGGAGAGCUGCAGGAGACGGCUGGCGCUGCCGAUGGUGCCGGCAGCCAAAAGGAACCGGAACCGCUGCAUGCCGUGGAGCCGAACGGGCCGGCAGAGCCCGUCCCAGCUCCGCCGGAGCUCGAACAGCCUGACCCAGCUCCACAGG